AUGUCGGGCGCCUACGGAGCAGCAUCUACGGAUGUGAGCUUCAGACGGACAUGGGACAGCGAGAAAUAUGCAGAAAAGGCGAGAGAGCAGGCAAGUUGUGCUCCUUCUGUCUGCCAGCUCCCCCCUGCUGAUCUCGCGGGCAAGAAGCCGCCCAAACGAACGGCAAAGGAUCUUCCCAAGCCGACAGAGACGGCCAAGGCUCGUGAGGAGCUCGAGCUGACCAAAGAUCUCAACAAGACCGUCAUCGUUGCCAAUCCUGGCGGGAGAGGUCCAGGACAGCCAGGCUACUACUGCGACGUCUGCAAUCGGACCUACAGAGACAGCGCAUCCUACCUCAACCACCUCAACAGUCGGUCUCACUUGCGCACGCUCGGCCAGACCACACGCGUCGCUCGUUCGACGCUCGACCAAGUCCGCGCAAAGAUUGCCGAUCUGCGUGCCAAGUCUGCCGAAGCCACAAAGGCGAAGCAGUACGACUUUGAGCAGCGGCUCAGGGAGAUCAAGCGAGCCGAGGCAGAUGACAAGGAUGCCAAGAAGGCCAAACGAAAGGAAGCCAUCCAGGCCGCAAAGCAAGCUGCAAUGCAAGAGGGGCAGGAUGAAGACGUAGCUGCUCAGAUGGGCUUCGGCGCUUUCGGUACGGGCAAGAAGCGAUGA